AUGGCUUCCACGCCUUUCUCCACUCUCUGCCACUUCCACAAACCCUCCCUCCGCUUCCUACCGUCGCACAGGUUCAGGUUCGACGGCGCUUCGGCCAUGGCGUUUCCUAAGGUUCCGAAGAACCGCAAAAUGGUAAGUUUCCCCGUUUGCAGAAUUGGUCCUGCUGUUGCCUUCCGAGACCUCGACGCUGACGAUUUUCGCCACCCUCUUGAUAAACAGAAUACGCUGAUACUGAGAGCGAUUCCGGGAUUAAACGAACUGGGAAAGGUUCUUCUAGGUAACAAACAGAUACCUCGUGUUCUAAGUAGCGCGUAA